ACGUGUCACCUUGUCGACCAAUGAUAACGCGACGUCAGGCGCUCCGGCUGCGCGUCACCGUUUUACGCUCUGGGAACCAGGAUGGAUCUUUUUUCACUCCGUGGGCUUUUUCGAAAAGAGCCAGAAGCUUCAAUGUUGGACGGCGUGCUAUGACAACGUCACUGCUGCUCCGUCCUCCUCGCUGCUGGCUCGACCCGUCGGUGAUGUUCCUCUACGACAACGGCGGCGGUUCUGAUGAAGUGAGCAAGAACAUGGAGGGUUUCGCGGGUGGUAACUUCGCGGCGAACCAGUGCAGGAAUCUGAUGGCGCACCCGGCCUCCCUGGCACCGAGCACGGCGUACCCGUCCGGCGACGUGCCCGCAACCGGGGUGGGCGAGCCGGCGAAGCAAUGCAGCCCUUGCUCGGCCUCGCAGAAUUCCUCCAGCGCCUCCCUGCCUUACAGCUACUUCGGCAGCGGCUACUACCCGUGCAGAAUGUCGCACCACGGCGGAAUCAAGUCUUGCGGGGCUCAGCCCCCCUCCGCCUACGGGGAGAAAUACAUGGACACGUCGGCCCCUGGGGACGACUUCACCUCCCGGGCUAAGGAAUUCGCCUUCUACCCCACGUAUCCGUCAGGUCCCUACCAACCUGUGCCUAGUUACCUGGAUGUACCCGUGGUGCCCACUCUCGGUGCGCCUUCGGAGGCCAGACAUGAGCCAUUAUUGCCCGUGGAGAGCUACCAGCCGUGGAGCUUGGCCGCCAACGGCUGGAACAGUCAAGUUUACUGCGGCAAGGAGCAACCUCAGUCGGGACACAUGUGGAAGUCCCCCCUUUCAGACGCUGCGUCCCACGCAGGCGGCGACCCCGGCUCGUACAGGCGUGGGAGGAAGAAGCGCGUCCCGUACACCAAGGUGCAACUGAAGGAACUGGAGCGGGAAUACGCUGCCAAUAAAUUUAUCACGAAGGACAAACGGAGAAGGAUAUCUGCCCAGACCAACCUGUCCGAACGGCAGGUUACAAUUUGGUUUCAGAACAGACGCGUUAAGGAGAAGAAGGUUGUCAACAAAUUGAAACCAAUCACCUAAGUUGCCCCCCCACCACCACCAUCACCUUCCUCCACGUAUACACACACACAAAGAUUCACACGCAAUGGACUGAUUUGGAACAGCCAUAAUUUGUCGGUUGAUGACGUCCUGGAGCUUUUUGGAGCAAAAGCAAAAAAUAAAACAAAACAGCUGCUUCUUUGUUGUCCAACGAGGAGAAAAAAAAUAAACACUGAACUGCCGUAUUUGUGACGUUUUUUUUUUUUUUUUUUGCUCACUCUCGUAGAAUGGUGCACAACGAGCUUCCACCUUUUUAUCUGCAACUUUUAACGAGAGUGAUAAAUGCGAAGAUCCGUGGGGAAACGACGGUAUUUCGGAUUUGGACCUUGGGAAUGUUAAAUAUUAAUCUCCCUAAUGGCUUUUUCCUUUUUUUUUUUUUAAAUGUUAUUUUAUUGAUCUUACCCACAUGUUUAGCUUGUCGUGCUUGUUGGAACGCGUGUCCUCGUUCAUGGUGCAAUUCUCGAAUGCUCAGAUAAUCUUCCGGGAUAUGUGUUGAUGUCGUGCAUUUAUCUUUCAUAAUGUGUGACUUUCCAUGUGGUUGUAUAUAAAGAAAAUUCUAGCAUGACGUCAAGUUUGUGUGUGUCCGUGCCAAUAAACUGUGUAUUUGGUUAA